GUUCUGAGCUCGUGGCAUUGUCUCUUGCCAACUGGAGUCGAUAGCUGCACUUAGAACUGCAUCGUCUCCUCUUUCCUCUCGCCUAUAAAUCCAUCUGCUUGGCACCAACACUUCAUCAGUUCAUCAGCAAGCUAAGCACUACACCUAGUAGCUGAAACGCCACCUGAGACAAAGGUUAUCUGAACAUUCAGCCAGGAAAGCAUCAGAAGCAACCAUGGUCGGUGCCAAGAGACUUGUUCAAAUGGCGAAGAAGUGGCAAAGAAUGGCGGCCCUCGCGAGGAGAAGGAUCACGUUGCCGGCGAAAGAGACCGAAGGGUCGUCGUGCAGCACUUCGUCGGUGGCCGGCAAGGGCCACUGCGUUGUGUACUCGGCCGACGGCCGGCGGUUCGAGGUCCCGCUGGCGUACCUUGACACGGCGAUCUUCGGCGAGCUCCUGAGCCUGUCGCAGGAGGAGUUCGGGUUCGCCGGCGACGACGGCAGGAUCACACUGCCCUGUGAAGCUGCCGUGAUGGAGUACGUCAUGUGCUUGCUCCGGAGAAACGCAUCAGAGGAGGUCGAGGCGGCUUUCCUGACCUCCAUAGCGAGGCCGUGCCACUAUGGAAGCGGCUUGGCGCAAUCCAUUGGAGUUAGCCAGCAACUUGCUGUUUCUAGCUUCUGAAGAACACAGCAUUGAGCUUGUCUUCUCCUUCUAGCUCCAGCACGAUGUAUGUAAAUUGUUUACAUGGGGAGAUUGGAAAUAGAAUAGAGAUGAUUUUCCCCAAAAGAAAUGGUGCCGGUUCUCUGAAUUAGUAAACUGGGCCCUGAUCAACGCACCUUAAUUAAAACUGAAAAUCGAUUUCCAAAAGAGUCAAAACCAUU